AUGGGCGAGACAUUUUCACCUUUGCAUAAGCUUAUCUGCCUCAGCGCAUUGCUUGCAGCUGGUUUUCUGCUAGUGAUUCUGGCAUGUGCACUAUAUAAUAACUACUAUCCACUACUGGACGUGCUGGUGUUUGUCCUAGCGCCACUACCUAAUGCUGUGUUCGGCGGUUCGUCAUUUGGAGGGAAUGAGUUCAUGAACGAACGAGUGCAAAGCGCACAGGAGUUCGGCCAGUUUAUGACCGGGGGCUUGGUAGCCAGUGGUUUGAUUCUUCCGGUGGUUUUCUAUCAUACAGGACUGAUCAACCAGCAGAGCUGCAUUGCCUCUGUGAUCGGGGGCGGUAUUAUAUACCUGUGCAUCAUCAUUUUCUCCUGGUUUUUUAACCGCUCUUGGGAAGAGGACGAGGAUGCGCUCUUCAGCUAUUGA